GCAUUAAGUACAGUUUGCAUUAAUUUGUGUUGCUCAACCGAUGCCCUGAAACCAAUGGCACCGAUUUGUGCUGCCCACGUCCAAUGUUAAAUUGCAGAGAUUGGACUCCGCUUCGGUGCGGCCCAUUAAUUGCCAAUUAAAUGACAAAAUGGUCCGCAAAGAUUUUAAAGAAUGCCUUUUCGCCUUCUAAGUCCCGCUGCUCGAGCCAUUCAUUGCAGGUGGUGUUCAACUCUUGCAUAUCGUCGUCGUUUUAUUCUUCUUCUUCUUUCGGCUCCGCGAAAGAAGCACAGUGGAUCAGUUUCAAAGUGUAGUGCCAGAGAUAUGAGUAGUAAUAACUUUGAUUUUGAGACUAAAAGGCCUGUUAAUUUCAGGUUAUGCAAUUUGUCCAGUUACACAGUGGAGGUGCUGGAGAUUCACGCCGAUAAUCCUAAAUUGCAGGUCUUGGUCAUUCCUGGAAAUCCAGGUAUUGUUCAAUUUUACAAGGAUUUUGUUGAAUCACUAUUCGAGCAGCUUGGAGGAAGAGCGUCCGUGAUAGCUGUUGGACACAUCUGUCAAACUAAGAAGAACUGGGAGCGUGGAAGGCUAUUCUCACUACAAGAACAAAUUGAUCACAAGGUGGACUUCAUUGGGCAGGAACUGCAUAAUUCUGGAGUCCCAUUAGUCCUGCUUGGGCACUCUAUUGGUUCAUACAUAGCUAUUGAAGUGCUAAAGAGGUGUCCAGAGGUGAUAUUAUGUAUUGGACUAUAUCCAUUUUUGACACUGAACCAGCAUUCAGAACGCCAGUCUAUCAUUGGGAAGAUUGCAGCGUCCUCGGUUUUGUCUGCUGGACUUAGUUUUAUGGUAGCAUCAUUGGGACUGCUACCUAAAUGGGCUUCGAGGUUAAUUGUUUCAAAUUCUGUUGGGAAGUCAUGGUCCAAAACUGCUGUUGAUGCUCUCUGUAGUCAUUUGAUGCAGUACCAUACCAUGCGUAAUGUGCUUUUCCUUGCAAUGACAGAAUUCAAAAAGCUUUCAGACACACCAGAUUGGAUGUUUAUGAGACAAAACCAGGGAAAAAUUGUAUUUUUGUUUGGCAUUGACGAUCACUGGGGUCCCAUGCAAGUGUUUGAAGAAAUUUCCAAGAAAGUUCCAGGUAUUGCUCUGUCAAUUGAAAGGGAAGGCCAUACUCAUAGUUUUUGUUGCACUGAGGCUGGUUCAGUAUGGGUUGCUCAGCAUGUAGCAAGCUUGAUAAAGAAUCAAAUAUCAAGCAAAUAAGGUCAGACUCAUUCUCUGCCACAUUCUUGGGCCACAGCGAAUUGAUUUAAUAUAGUUAUAUUCGCUGGGAGCUGACUACUCGUAGUCCUUUAUUCAUCAGAGUUUGUUUAUGCAUAUGGAACACAAUUACACGAGCUAUGUAUGAUUUUUUUUUUUUCUGUUUUUGUUUUAAUUUCUACAUUGUUCUUGAGUCCUUUCAAAACUUUUGGAAUGUAGAACUCCAUGAUGAUGGACAGCUUUUUAUUAUAAAGACGGCUCUUCCAUGGAUCCUCGUUAA